UGCAAGUUAACGAGAGGGGGCAUUAAACUUAACUUUAACGCUAUUCACACUCCUGCACUCAUGUCCAACAUUGUUAUUUUCGUUGAUAAGUUUCGCGUUAACGUUACUUCUAGCUGUAACGUUAACGUAAAUAAGUUAACCACCGAUAUCAACCCUUGCACAUUUAGCUAACGUUAGCUAGCUUAAGUAACAGUUAUCGUUGCAAGUUAACAUCAACCUACCGUAGAGUUGUCGUGUUGUGUUACAAAUGUUUGGCCGUAAAAUGCGCUCAUGAUAUCUUGUUUUACUUAAAUUAUAUGACAGGAUUUGUUGAGCUGUCGUGGUGGAGGUUGAACUCGUGUACGAAUGACAUGCUGUCGUCGCUUUAUAAGGACAACUUCCGGAGAUUAUGUCAGAGCCCGGAUAGCUCAGUCGGUAGAGCAUCAGACUUUUAAUCUGAGGGUCCAGGGUUCAAGUCCCUGUUCGGGCGGUAAUGUUUUUUGUCUUUUCGCAACACAUUGAGGGUGAGAAUGUGGUAUUAACGCAUGGGCCUUGCAAGAGUUACAUAUCAUGUGAAAUUAGCAUAGAAACAUAGCGUGUUAACUGUUGGUGAGCUUAGCUUCAGUUAAAAGAAAACAGCACUCCUGGUAAAAUGGCAACAGUGAAGACAUAUCUGACUGGCAGAGAUGGAGCAGAUUAUCCUCUUGUGCGCGGUUUCGACCUGUCUCUCAGCCGUACAGGCACAGAAAUUUUUGUUCAGCCCAAAUUGGGGCCCCAUUGGCUAUGAAGAACGUGAAGAGCAUGGUGGUACGACAGCAAUGGAUGAAAUCAUUAAAACUAAUGAGUUCCAAGCUUCCCGAAUCAUAGACGGCACUACCAGUCUCAGGGAAGGAGACAUUGCUGUUUCGUCUGGAAGACGCUCUAAAGUCUGCUUCGCUCGUAGCUGCCUCUGGUCUAAGUCAGUGGAUGGACACGUCUAUAUUGCAUAUACACUCUCGCCUGAGUACUCUGAAAUGGAGACGAAGAUGAUAAAGAAAGGGAUGGAAAACAUAGAGAAAGGUACCUGUGUGCGGUUUGUUCCUCGGACUCACCAGCGAGACUACAUCGAUAUCCAGCCAAAGUCUGGGUGUUGGUCCUACCUUGGUGCGCGUGGUGGAAGACAGACCGUGUCUCUGCAGAGCCCUGACUGCCUCCGGACUGGAGUGAUUUCCCAUGAAUUCAUGCAUGCCCUGGGCUUUGUGCAUGAGCAGUCCCGCUUUGACCGGGACAAAUAUGUCACUAUCAUGUGGCCAAACAUUUGGAGGGAUCGGUUGAGGAACUUUGAGAAAUUCAAGACUGACAACCUGGACCUGCCAUACGACUAUGGCUCAAUCAUGCACUUUGGCAUGUAUGCCUACUCUCAGGAUGGUGAGCCAACCAUCAUUCCUAAGAUAGGUAACAGCAAGGACAUAAAGCUGGGCCAGGGAUCGAGUCUCAGCCACAUUGACCAGCUGAAAAUCAACAGACUUUAUAAAUGUGGCAAGGAUGAUUAGUAAACAAACAGAAUUGAGGUGAACCCGGAAUGUACUGAAAGCUCAUAUAAUAAUCUGAUGUUAAAUCAUGGAUACAGUUACAAUAAAGAUUAAUUCAAGCUUUC